AUGAAUUGCGAAAUAUUCCCGGAAGAGAUUUGUGAGAAAUUCAGUUUUUAUGAAAGUUUACUAAUUGAUCGUUUAAAAAAUUCUGAUUUCUCUUUGCGAGUUAAAGACGUAUCAUGUUUCCAAGGAGAUGAAAAUGAUGAGAAUGAAAAUCCAAUAAGACGAAUAAUGACGCCUCUACGUCGGUGGGUGUUGCUGGCGUUGCUGUUGGCCGCGGUGGCCGCGCAUCCGCUCGAGCACGCAUGCGUUCACCUCUGCCGUGCACGGGACACCAGCCUCGAGAAGAUCACAGGAGUCUGCCAGCACCAGCAGAAACUCGUCCUUCAGUCCAGCGGCGGCCGGUUCCCGAUUCACCGUCUCUUCAGUCUCUGCUUGACCCCGUGUCAUGGCUCGUCGGAUCUCCUCGUCUUCGACGACAGCCAUGCCUGUCGCACGUUCAGGAAGACGCUUAUCCGGUAUCACGGUUGUUCCUGCAACGACGUAGACCAUGAGGGGACGAGGAACGGUGAAGAAGAUCCUUGGAGAGGCAAGGAAUUCGAGGAGGAUGGCGAGUCGAAGAUGUUGAAGAAGGCGGACGAAGAACAGGCUGUGGUUCCGGCUGACGUGGUUCGGGGUCAAGGUUUGAAGAUCAAAGAUCUUCCUGCCACGAAGCUCGAAAUGGGGGAGGACACGUUGGACAAGGCAGACGUUGAAGAUGCGGAUACCGAUGACGCAGGCAAGGAGGAGUCCGAGGACGUUGCUGCCACCGGCAACGAAGCAAAUUCCACGGAUGAAACGUCCGUAGACUGGGACCGAUGGUGUAUGACUCAAUGUGACCACGGCAACGGUGGCAGCGCCUGUCAUUGUGACUUAAUACCAUAAUGAAGAGAUGGACGGGUUUACGGAGGGAUGAAGCGAAACGAACUCACGAAUUUACAUAUCUCGUAGGUUAGUCGGGGCAAUGGUACCGAUAGAUAGUAAGGUUAGUCUCUUAGUUGGUUGAUAACACGUAAAACCGCGUUUUGUUUCGUAUUUUCCUAAUCUCUACUCGUGCCCUCCGUUAAUCCUUAGGGCAGCUGCGAUUCGUGUAUACAAUACCAAUUCUCGCGGAUCAACAGAGACAAAGAGAGAAGUGUCUUUCGUGUCUUUUAUCUGAGGAUGCUUUCGAUCCACCUGCACGUUGUUGUUGACCGAUCGAUCAGCAUCGAGAAGUAUCGGUCAACGUGUCAGUGGAAUAUCUUUCGAAACGAUCGCGACCCGCGAUUAUUGGUCGUUAGGCGGCUUAAUUGCUUUCUUAGGCUUAAGAGACUUCUCUAGACGCUAGGUCCGGUUCACGCGCUUAACAGGGAGAGGGGAGAGGGAGGAUGAUGAGGAGGAAACAGCUUAACGUCCAAGGAAACAGCUUUUUGUCAGGCCGCAAUAGGGCUACAUACUUUCUUCGAGACAGAGGAAGAUUUCGUUGCCGCGAGCUAUCGACCGUACUUUACGAUAAGAACGACACUUUCUUCGCACGGUUAGGAAAGACAAGAUAGAGAACAUUGUGAGCAUUUUCAGGCUUCCGACUCUAGAGGCGUGUGGACGGGACAAUAAAGUGCGAUGUGUGUAUUAUGCAAUAAACGAUAUUUAUACGUGGCCGCGGUGCAACGAACGCGUGCAUCCGCGCGUCAAUACACAAUCUAUAAGAUUCCUUCUAGUUGUAACGAAUAAUCUUUUACACGAUUUUAACGAUAAUCACUGUACUUAAUCCGCUAGGGUUUAUAUUAGGGUCAGGAUAUUUGUUAAGGGAAACGAAGAACAAGAAUCCACGUCUUCCAAUUUUGUAGUCUCCUGGACACCUCGCGUGUGAUCGAGCCUAAAGCAUGAUCGGAUAUAACAGGAGAAUAGAACGACGCAAGCAAGCGAGUAUUUGUAGUUUGUUGUUUAAGCGAUUACUUUUUAAACGCGACCACGUUCCACUUCGAGGGAAAUCGAUAUCGGUUAUUAAACCACGACUCUUCGAAUUCCUGCGGGUAAAACGUGCGUUCGUUUAUUUUACAUAGUGUGCCGUUUAAAAGAAGAAGAAGAAAAAAAAAAA